AUGGCUUUGCAGUUAGCUGCCGCGAAAGCAAGGCUGGGAAAGUCGCAAGAGUACGAGGACCAGGCAGCCCGGGAAACCCACCAGAAGUAUUCAAUCCCAAGCGCCUGGAAGAGCAGCCACGCCAGAGCAUCCCCCCAGGAGGGCGAGGUGACGCGCCGUCCAGCAAAGUGGGUGGACAUAAAGGCGUUCACGGGGGUGGCUGGAAAUCAGCUGCGAGAUGGAGAGAUGGUCACGGCAAGCCGUUUCCUCGGCAUCUUCUGCCAGCGCAUCCAUGGUCAUGAUCGAGACUGUGACUGGAGGUUUACCGAAACCAGAGUUUUCUGUCGGGUUGCGGGAAGUACCUUUUCAAGCAGGGGAUGGGCGCCCUGGCUUGCUUAG